AUGCCUGUGAUCGUUCUGGAGACCCGGGACUUCACCAGUCCGCUGUUUAUAGUGCGAACACUGGAAGUUCUCUCCAGCUGCACCGUCUUCAGCCUUGUGUCCUCACUGGAGUCUAAAGACCUGAACGCCUCCAGUUUCAGCUCAUUCAGGAUCUUCUGCAUGUUCACCUGGUGUUUCUUCUUUGUGGUCACUCUCCUUAUACACCUUCUCAACACCAUCCAGUUCCACAGCCUCAUCCGAAUAUCCUGGAAGAACCUGACGGUGACGGUGGCGGUGCUGGGAGCGCUGAUGAGCUUCAGCUCCUUCGUGUUUUUCCCCUGGAUGGUCAUGGAUCAUCGUGAAGUGUCAGCCCGUCCCGUGGCGGCAGCAGUGGUCUCGGGCCUCACCGCCCUGGCCUACGCCUCAGAGUUUUUCGUGCUCCGAGGCCAAGCCGACGAACAGAAAGGCUACAUGGGCAGCACGCCCGGCCUGCUCAAGAUCAUUCAACUCUGGGGAGGUGUUCAGAUCAUCCCUCUGGUGGUGUUUGUGCUCCAGCUGAGCAGCGGAUUACAACAAUGGCAGCUACUAGUGUCGUGCACCUCAUAUGGCGUUUGCGUCCUGAUGUCUCUCGUCACGCUGGUGGUGAUACUAGGUGACUUUGCGGGGCGAUGCCUCCUGCCUUUUGACAGAUUUUUAGCAGGCUUCAGCCUCAUCGGGGUGCUGCUGUACAUGACUGCUACAGUGAUUUGUUUAACUAAGAUUCUGCAGCUGAGCGGCCAUGAAAACAACAAAAUUCACACAGAGUUGGUGAUCAUGGAAAUGGUGGUUUCCAGUAUUACGCUCUUGGCGUACACGGUGGACCUGGCCUUCGCCAUCAAACUGUUGUGUGACAGGAGUCACAUGUGA